AUGGGUCAACAACAACGUACAGCACUGCAGCUGAUAUCUCAACGAGCAGUUGGACGAAUGAUGAGACAGAAAGGUACACUACUGCGACUGACAUUCCGACGAGCGAUCGAACGACCAGUGAAACAGAAAGGUACACUACUGCGACUGACAUUCCGACGAGCGAUCGAACGACCAGUGAAACAGAAAGGUACACUACUGCGACUGACAUUCCGACGAGCGAUCGAACGACCAGUGAAACAGAAAGGUACCCUACUACGACUGACAUUCCGACGAGCGAUCGAACGACCAGUGAAACAG